GCACGCGACCCUGCUGCCGACGUGGCGCGAGCUCGAGCGGAAGGGUAGCGCGAGCGCGACUGUCAUCAGCAGAACUGGUGAGAAAGGACCAAGAACGAGCCCAUGAAUAAACUGUAUUUCAGAAGCAAGAAAUAACACGUAUGUUAGAGAACCAUGUCGCAAGACGAGACCUUGGAAGACCUCGCUACAAAAUCUCCCCCUUCCCUCCGGACAACUGUCUCUGAUGAAACUGCAGCAAAUACAGAUGAGAUCCCGGCGAUAUCACAACUCUCACGAGACACAUCGAGCCCUGGCUCAACCAGUGAUGCUGUGGAAGAGCACGGUGCAACUAAAAGUGUUGAAAUGAUGCUUGUACAUCCAUCAGAAGAAAAACCUGAGGGACAGGUGACUGAAUGUGUGGAUCCAGAUGUUACACAGGAAGAAGUGGAGGGAACAGAGUGCGUGGAUGAGGAUGAGUCUAAAUCUAAAGGCUGGAGUAGUUGGGGUUCCUGGGGAAAGUCACUUCUGACCAAUGCUACGUCCACUGUGGGUCAAGGGUUAAGCUCUGUAAAAGAGAAAGCAGGUGUGGCAUUACGGAUCCGGCAGAGCUCAUCAUGUGAGGAGGCAGAAGAGGUCCACGAGCAUUCUGGGACCGAGACGACAGAAGACGUUCAUUCAGAGCAGGUGCACAGAGGAGUCCUGUCAACCAUCAGCAGCGCUGUUCAGAACACUGGAAAGUCAGUAAUAACAGGAGGCCUUGAUGCUUUGGAGUUCAUUGGAAAGAAGACCAUGAAUGUCUUGGCAGAGAGUGACCCAGGUUUUAAAAAGACCAAAAUACUGAUGCAGAGAACUGUCUCUCUGUCUCAGAUGUUAAAAGAAGCAAAGGAGAAGGAGAGAGAGAGACUGAGCAGUCAGAUGGUCACAGAACCAACCGCCCACUACGGGAUCUUGUUUGAUGAUUACCAAGGCUUGUCUCAUCUUGAGGCACUGGAGAUACUUUCCAAUGAGAGUGAAGGAAGGGUGCAGGAAUACUUGUCCUCUUUGGAGGAGGAAGAUUUGGAAGUUCUGAAGAAGGAGCUGCUUGCAAUUAAAGAGAUCUUCAUCACUCCUGAGGAGGAGGAAGCUGAUGCCGCCUCAGGGGAAUGCGCGGCUGAUGGAGAGGAGUUUGUCAGUGUUCUUACUGAGCUACUCUUUGAGCUUCAUGUGGCUGCAACUCCAGACAAACUGAACAAAGCCCGUAUAAAAGCUCAUGAUUGGGUGCGAGAAGUGGAGCAAUCCCGCCACCGUGUCAAGAAUGUAACAGAGGAAUUAAUAGAAGAGAGCUCCACCGCUGGCCCUGAACCAGAAAAGGAGGAACAGAAAGACAAAGAAAAGAUAGAGAAGGGAGAAGAGGGAGAGAAUGAGGAAAAUAAUGCAAAGGAUGGAAACUCAGACGCUGUUGAGAAGGUGUAUAUGUCAUCAGUGGGCAGUCUUGCUGAGGUGACCGCUCGUAGUAUAGAACAGCUACACAAAGUGGCCGAGCUGAUUUUACACGCACAAGAGCUGGAGAGGCCAGCCUGUCAACAGGCCAGUAUACUGGUCAGGUUAACCAGUGCCAUGUGUAAGGAAGUCAAAUGCCUGGCCCGAAGGUUCACGGACACAUUAAUGGCUGUAGGGAGUCAGAGAAAAGCAGAAGUAACUCUUCUAGUGGAUAGAGUGAUGCUAGAGGGUUGUAAUAGCAUUACAUACGUUCACAAUGCAUUCCAGCUGCUGAUGCCUGUACUUCAGGUCUCACACAUCCAGACCUUCAGAACGACGCUCAAGCCAGCCCCAGAACUAGCAUCCACAGAAUAGUGCCCUCUCUUUCUGUCUGUAUUUGUCUGUAUCUGUGUUUUGUGUUUGGGUAUGUUGCUUCAUUAUGAGAGCUUACAUCAAAAAAGUGCAAUUCUAGUCUAUAUAUAGACUCUUACACUGAGAUAAUUGGGAAAAUAAGAUACUGAAACUCCUAACUUAUUUAGGAAGCUGCUUGUCUAUCAUACUUCUUGAUACUAUGUCCAUUCAAAGUUACUUUACAAAAAAAUGAAGAUGAUUAAUCUUGUGUUGUACUGUCUGAGAAGAUUGGAGGUCCACCUGCAUCUGCCAUUCACCUAAUAAUAGCAAUCACUCAUGCACCAUUACCAGUUUUUGUUUUGAAUAAAACGAUCCAAGAACAUAAUCUGUAAUUUAAAUAACGGGAAACUAAAGACUGAUAUUCUCAGUA